AUGGGUAUCAUGGUUCUUACAGAACCAGACCAGAAAUGGGACGGUUGCAUAAGGUGAAGCUGGAAGAGGGAACAGGAAAUACAGUGGUGAUAAUGGUUGGCUAUCCAAAAGGAAUAGAAAUAUUGGAGCCUGUACGAAGAGGGAUUCCAGUAAAAAUGACUAUUGUUGUUGGCACGCGACAUGUGCAGGAAUAUAUUAGUGGUCAGUCAGUUGUGUUUGUAGCCAUUGCCUUCAUCACCAUGAUGAUUAUAUCGCUUGCUUGGCUCAUAUUUUACUACAUACAACGUUUCCUGUAUACAGGAUCACAGUUUGGAAACCAGGGACAUAGGAAAGAAACCAAGAAAGCAAUCAGCCAGCUUCAGCUGCAUACUGUGAAACGUGGCGAAAAGGGUUUAGAUGUUGAUGUGGAAAACUGUGCUGUGUGCAUUGAGAAUUAUAAACUGAAAGACACUGUCCGAAUUCUGCCAUGCAAGCACAUCUUCCAUAGAACGUGCAUUGACCCUUGGCUUUUGGACCACCGAACUUGUCCAAUGUGUAAACUAGACGUUAUAAAAGCUUUGGGAUACUGGGGGGACCCUGAAGAUGUACUUGAAGUUCCAAUACCUGAAUCAAUAAGCGGCAGUGUUUCAGUCGGAAGUCUGAGUAUUGCUUUACAAGAUGAUGACAGAAAUGAAGUAAGCGAAUUGUCGGCUUCCUCCACUAAUGAAUCUGUAUUGCAAUGUACCAGUUUAAAAGAGGACGCAGGUGAAACCACAGCAUUACUUGAUGUGGAUGUCAGUAAUAACCGGCAUGGAGAACAUCUAUCUAAUGGAAGUUCCCACUGAACUGCUUCAUGGAAGAUACUUUGAAUAGACUGUUGAAGAACUAUUAUUUUUUAUUUAAUUAGUAUGGACUUUUGUCUAGUUAAUGGAAAAAAUAACAAUAUAAAUUAUUUUACCUUUCAAACUUUUCUAGCUGGUGUUCCAAAAGGGCUAAUAACUAAGAAUUUUGUACACAGGAGGAUUUUAUAAAAUCUCCUCUGGAUGUCUCAUCCUAAAAAAAGAUGCAAUAACCCUUUUUCUGUAAGCAUUGUUACAAUGUCAUUGUGUUCCAGAGGGCUGUAACAAAGACGAAGACUAGGCAGUGAAAACAAUGUAGAAUGUCUCACGGAUAAAUAUUUUGGAUGCACUAUUUACAUUCAGUAUGUACACAUGGAGAACACUUACAAGACUACAACUAUUAAAAUGUUCUGAAAGUUCUGAUCUGUUGUAAUUGGAGACAGAUAUUCUUAGAAAAGAUAUAAUCUAACCUUGAAGGAAUCUUACAACUUCAUAGAUAUGUUGCAUAUCC